AUGGACGACCAACCAGAUGCCAUCUCCGAGGGCCGUCGCAUCUACUUGGGUAAUAUUCUGUACUCGAUCCAGCCGCACGACAUCGAAAAGGUGCUCGCCGACCACGGCUUCGGUGCCUUUGAGCAGAUUCACAUCUCGGUCGACCCCGUCAGCGCGCGCAACCCCGGGUACUGCUUCGUCGACUUCCGCGAUCGAGACACGGCCGAACGGGCGCUCAGCUCUCUGCGGGCCAGCAUUCGCGGACGCACCCUCAAGGUGGGCCCCUGCGAGCCGAAGAAGCCAAGGGUACGGCGCGACUGGCCGGAACGCGACUCUGGUGCCGUCGAGGACCGCUUCGUCUUUCAGAGAUGGGGCGACUGGAAGUCCGCCGGACGUACCAACAAAGCCGGCGACGGCGGCGAGGACGCCAGCAAGGUCGAGCAGGGUCCGCAGGGUGCGCUUCAUCACUUCAAGAACAUACUCGAUGGUUACGAGGGGCGUCGUCUCUACGUCGGCGGGCUCGGUAGGAUGGUCGACCAAGAGCAGAACCACGGCGAGGUGUCUGAGUUGUUUGCCGACUUCAAACCAACGGCGAUUGGCAAGCGCAUCACGCCCCACGAGAGUACGAGAUCAAAGCCGGGCAAUCACCACUACUGCUUUGUAGACUUCGAGACGCGAGACGAGGCCGGCAGUGCGAUGCGGGCACUGAACGGCAAGCCCUAUCUGGGUGGCAAGCUGAGGGUAUCGGUGGCGACGAACAUUCCGGCAAAACUAAUCGAUCGACGUACCGAAGACUUGGAGUCUCCCCGUACGACAGACGCUGCUCCCGAGAGUAGCGGUGCACCGAGCAGGGCCUUUGCAUCAAUGAACUGGCGACGAAAGGACGAGUAG